CCUCACUCCUGUACACCUAACCACAGCAACGCUUGAGAAAAAAGCCAAGCUAAGCUCGACCGUCGACCGAGCACAUGGCGACAAGAAGCAGCAGCAGCGACGGCGCGCUCCCCGUGGUGGAUCUGGCGCCGUUCUUCCUCGCCGGCGUCGGAGACGUUGACGCCGCCCGCUCUCGCGUGACCGAGGCCGUGCGCGAGGCUUGCAUGUCGACGGGGUUCUUCCGCGUCGUGAACCACGGCGUGCCGCCGGAGCUCAUGGCGCGCGCGCUCGAGCUGUCGGCGGCGUUCUUCGCGCUGCCGGAUGAGGAGAAGGCCAAGGUACGGCCGGCGGAGGGGUCUUCCAGUGCACCGCUCCCGGCAGGCUACGCGCGGCAGCCCGCGCACUCCGCCGACAAGAACGAGUACCUGCUCGUCUUCAAUCCGGAGCUCUGGCUCAACGUGUACCCCGCCGAACCUGCCGGAUUCAGGAAUGCGCUAGAGGAAUGCUACGCCAAGCUCACCGCCCUGGGGCUGCUCAUCCAAGACAUCCUGAACGAGUGCAUGGGCCUACCGCCAGGCUUCCUCGCGGAGUACAACGCCGACCGCAACUUCGACUUCCUCACGCCGCUGCGCUACUUCCCGGCGACGUCGGCAGAGGAGACCAACGGCAUCUAUGCGCACGAGGACGCCAACCUCGUCACCUUCGUCCUGCAGGACAACGUUGGAGGCCUGGAGGUCCUCGGCAGCGAUGGCUGGGUCCCGGCGGGGCCCGUCGAGGGCACCAUUAUCGCCAACAUUGGCGAUAUCGUGCAGGUUCUCAGCAACAAUAAGUUCAAGAGCGCGACGCACCGGGUGAUCAGGAAGCCGGGAGCGCACCGGCACUCGCUCGCUUUCUUCUUCAACCUCCACGGGGACAGGUGGGUCGAGCCGUUGCCGCUGUUCGCCGGCAACCUCGGCGAGGCGCCAAGCUAUAGGGGGUUCAAGUAUGGCGAUUAUAUGCAGUUGCGCAUGAGGAACAAGACCCACCCGCCGUCAAGGCCCGAGGACGUCAUCGACAUCACUCAUUACGCCAUCUAGCUUGUAGAAGCUUAAUCCCAUGUGCAAUCGUGCAUUUUCGGUUCUCAAUUUUGAAUUCGUUAUGGUGGUAUUUAGAGCAUGGCAAUCUUAGUUGAGGACAGAGUUGCUCUCUUUACUGAUGCUCUGCAAUGUCAGAUUCUGAGUUUGCCUUUUACUUAUUUAGGGCUACCACUAAGCACAACCAAACCAAAGAAAGUAUUAUUCUUGCCCUUAGUUCAAACUGUACAGAAAAGGUUACAAGCUUCUGCUAUGUACCUUAAUUGUGGCAGUAAGUUAAGAAUGAUGAAUUAUGUUCUUUCUUC